ACCCGUCCAUCGUAUCUCAAAAAGUAAUAAAUUGAAAUCAAUGCGGAUCUGUAUAAUAGGUGCCGGAGCUGCCGGUCUGUGUGCGGCCCGACAUCUCUCACAAAACAAAGAGUUUGAGUUUGAAAUCUUUGAAAAGACUGAUAAAAUCGGUGGCAUUUGGAACUACACUGAUUUGGUAGACUUGGAUGAAAAUGGACAACCAAUACAUACGAGUAUGUAUAAGCACAUGAGGACUAACCUUCCGAUGGAAAUCAUGGCAUUCCCUGACUUUCUAAUAAAAUAUGAGACAUCAUUCGUAUCGCAUACUCGUGUCCUUCAAUAUCUCAAUGAGUAUACAAAACAUUUUCAAUUAUAUCAAUAUAUUCGGUUUAAUCACUUGAUAUUAAAUGUCUGGAGAAAUGAAAAUGUUUGGAAAGUUAGUGUAAAAGAUUUGAAUACAAAUCAAAUUAGUGAUAAUACUUAUGAUUCAGUUUUCGUUUGCAACGGAAGAUAUUCAAAGCCUAAGAUUCCUAAUAUUAAAGGCUUAGAAAAUUUUAAGGGAAAAGUAAUACACAGUCAUAGCUAUAGAGAACCGCAACCUUUUAAAGAUCAGAUGGUUCUGGUGUUAGGAGGGGGUCCGUCGGGAAUCGAUAUCGCCAUUGAAGUGGCAGAUCAGGCAAAACAAGUCAUUUUUUGUCACACAAAUGAUAAACCAUUUAUUAAUUUACCCAAAAAUAUUAGACAAGAAAUAAGUAAUAUUAAAGAAAUCUCAGAAAACAAAGUUUUAUUGAAAAACGACAAUCAUUUUACAAUUAAUGCUAUUAUAUGGGCCACUGGUUAUCACUUUGACUUCUCAUUUCUUGACCAAAACUGUGGUAUUAAUGUUAAUACUAAUGGGAGAGUUGAAGGCAUUUAUUUACAUUUAAUUAAUCAAAAGUUUCCCUCAAUGGCUAUAUGGGCCAUACCUAUGACUGUUAUACCAUUUCCUUUAUAUAAUCUACAGAUCUUAUUAUUUAUCAAAUGUCUUACUCGACAAUUAACAUUACCGUCCAUUGAAGACAUGGAUAAAGAUACAAAACAAGACCUAGAAAUGAGACAAUCGCUGGGAUUAAGUGAAAGACAUAGUCAUAAAAUGAGUGGAAAUUUAUUUUUUCAAUACUGCGAUAAAUUGUCACAAAUUGCUAAUAUUGAGCCCUUUUCACAAGUUAUGAGAAAACUUAAUAAAGAUAUACAUGUUAUGCGACAAAAUGAUAUAACCGGAUAUAAAAAUGUAAAUUUUCAUAUUAUUUCUGAUAAAACUUAUAUAAUUAAGUGA